AAAGCAGCCGCGUAGGAGAGCUAGAUUUCAGCUACUGCCCGGACAAAACGACAACAAAACAAUGAAAGGAGAUCGUUUCGUUACAAGGCGGAGAGAACAGGGGCGCCUAAGUUUGGUUGCCGACGACAGUAUUGUUGCCCGAUGAUGAUGGUAGCUCUUGAUUACGGCUAGUGAAUAUCUCCGACAAAAGUUGACCAGCUAUACAAAGUGGUUGUCCAGAACCAGAGCAUUAUGGAAAUACUACGAAAACGGCAUGUUAGAUUUUUCAACCGUUGGUUAACUGCUCUACCAACUUCAGCCGCCAGCUAUAUGGACAAGCAACCCCUAAUAGCAUUCUUUUCUAUUUGCGGGCUCGACCUACUAGACGAUCUUCCCGAAGAUCGGUCGACCCUUAUCAACUGGCUCUACUCCAUGCAAUAUGUCGACGAGGAGGAAUCAAUAGGAGGGUUUCUCGGCGGAUUUAUUAUCGGACGUGACGCAAACGAGCAACAAUGCUGGUUGGACAUUCCAUCGUUAGGCUUAACCUAUACAGCACUAGCAUCAUUGGUGACUUUGGGAGAUGAUUUGUCAAGGGUGAAACGGGCUGAAAUUCUGAAGGGUCUCAAUAAGCUGCAGUUAGAAGAUGGGAGCUUCGCUUCGCAAUGGUUGGAUGGCGAGAUUGAUAUGAGGUUUGUUUACUGUGCAGUGUGCGUCGCAUAUAUGCUGAACGAUUUUUCAACGAUCAACAUAGAUGCUUGUGUCCACUUUAUCCUAGACUGUUUCACCUAUGAAGGUGGGGUAGCAUGUGUACCUGGGUGUGAAGCGCACGGUGGUUCCACGUAUUGCGCGAUUGCCUCUUUAGCUCUUCUAGACCGAUUGGAUGCUAUUGGAGAUAGACAGAACCAACUUGUGCAAUGGUGCCUGUUCAGGCAAGAUAAAAAAGGCUUCAAUGGGCGGCCAAAUAAAGUCGAGGAUACAUGCUAUUCAUUCUGGAUUGGAGGGACACUACGCAUCUUGAAAGCUUUCCAGCAUUCAUCUGCCACACUGAAUCGCGACUUCCUGCUCAGCGCGCAGAACCCCAUUACGGGUGGAUUAGGAAAAUACGAUGCUAGCGCUCCAGACCCUCACCACACUUACCUUGGUCUGGCUGGGCUGAGUUUUAUUGAAAAGGAUACACUCCGUGAAGUUCAUGUUCCACUCAACAUCUCAGCGAGGGCCCACGACGCUCUCAAAAGCAUACAUGCCACCUGGUAAAGCCACUUUAUUGAUCGCCAAAGCCAUACAGAAUGUCAGCAGGUGCUACUUGACUGAACAGCCAGCCGACAUAAAAAUCUUUAAAGAGGUUGUAACCCUUUUUGGGAAAGAUAUUUAAUUAAUAGUGUAUUUAAUAUCUCUAUGUGAUUGCGAGGAUACUAGGAAGAGAAGAGCGCAUUGGCCCGUCUUAGUAUUUGGCACUUAUUUCAGAUAACCCUAUAUAUAAUAUGUUCCCGUAGAAGGAAUAUGGGUCGCAAUUAGAUAUAUAAAGAACUAUAUACGUUAUACUUUAUUAGUUGUUAUAUAUAAAACUCACGGCUACAACGGCAAAAGAUGAGAAUUUAUAAUAUACAGUAGAUGACAAACAUUCGAGAUAUUAAAGUAACAUCGAAUGAACGCAGUGCGUGUUUCUGAAUAACCAAGUCACUAAGAAAAAUUGGUUUAGAUAAGUGAUUUACGUACGCUGGAGGAACAAAUUUAAAGUGUAAAGUAAAUUAUAGUAGUUUUGUGUCAAGAUCAUUCUGCUUGUACCCCCUGCUAAUGUAGUUAAGUUUUCCGCACGUUAAAAACAACGGAAGGGACGAUAAGCAACAAGAAAUACAAUUUACUAAUCUUUAGAAUGAGUUCUCUACGAAUCCAAUAAAAUAUCUGAACAUAUCUGAACAUGAAGAAUACUGAGCAUAACAAUGUAUUAUAUAAUAUCUGUGUUGUACACAACUUCUUAAAACGUAAGUGAAUGGUACCUGUAGUUCUGUGAGAGCGAUUCAAUAAUAACUGAAACCAAAUGCGAUCAUAUCCCGAGUGCCUUGGUCAAUAUUGACUUCGAUUAGAAGAGGGUGUUAUUUUAAAUGCGAAACGUCUGCUGUCUAGGCGGCGCAUACAGCAAUACAUAGACGAGUUAUCUAACUAUAAUUUUUUUCUGGGAUAGUAGUGUCCAGAGUGUCCAAUAAUUCUUAUACACAAAAUAAGAACCUCACGUAUACAGUUAUUUUUUUUUGCUAUGCAUCUUCAUUGUUUAACAAAAUACACCUGUAAUUAGCAUUAGUGUUUUUAAUUCUUUUUCAAUAUCUUUGUUAAUAUGGUUCCAUAAGGCACCGAUAUCGGACAUUGCUGCACAUAUGCACUGUUUUUUCGUCUCACACUUCAACAUGAUGUUAAGCAAUUUUUAUUGCAAUUUCUAAGAGAAAGAAACAAAGAUACAGUAGGACAAAGGACAAAGAUGAACAUUUGCAGUGUACAAUGAUUAUCGUUUCAUGGAGAUCUAUUAUUUUUUACACGUGUAUCUAAGCUAACAUACGCAUUCAAAGAUUGAAUAAGAUGUGUAUGAUAAUAUAUAUAAUUGCAAAAUUACAUUAUAUAUAUAUAUAUAUAUAUACUUGCUAAAUUACAUGUAAAAUACAAAAAAAAAUAUAUAUAUAUAUAUUUUUUGCAUGUAAUUUAGCAAAUCGGAAAGUAGCAAUUAAUAGAGAAAAAUAAAAUCCCAACAUUUACCGAUGUCUGAAUCCCUUUGUUAUUGCUUUGCGCAUAAAUUCGUUACGAGUAGGUGUCACUAUAAAUGUAUUUAAUUAUCAUGUACAGUUUGCAUAAGCCCUUGGAUCGACCAUUGAAACGGAUAUCUGAGUUUUUUAAUACUUUACUGUUUACCUGUUUCCAUCACCCAAUCUUAACUAACAACUUCAGAACAAUAUUAAUUCAGAGACAAAACUUUGUCGAGAAAAGUCGAAACCUGGCUUUCUAUUCCUAUUUUGCAAUUUUUUAUCAAUAAAGACGGUGGUAAGUUUAUACGUUUGUCGUCUUGCAUUCGCAACAAAUUCCCAAUCGAUAAUUGAAAUGUUAGUUAGUAUAUCCGUAGACCGGUACCCGCUUUUAAAUGAAGAAUAUUUACACUAAAAAUUACUGUCUCACGUAAGAUUUUCAUGUUUAUUAAAUAGUUUAGGAAUGUUUUAAGUUUACUCGGUUUUGGUUUAUUCAAAAUUUAAAAUCCAAAAAUAUAUUUAAAAGAGUCAACUUUAUACAUUUGCGAUCAGCGGAAGUUUAGUUUCUGAAAAAAAGGAGGAAUUUGGAUCAAUUCUGCUAAUGAAUGUUGCUUCCUUCAGUCGUAGUUAGA